UUCUAUACCGUCCAUUCUCUACCAUCCUUUGAAAUUCUAGGGUUUCUUUCUUCCUCCGCAAUUCCCCAAUUCCUUCAACUCCCCAAUCAAACACUACAACUCCAAUAUCAACACAUAUGCAACCCCCAAACUCAUUCCAAAUUCCUCUAGGAUUCAUUUAAUUUCCCUUUUUCCUAUUCUAUUUAGGAAAAUCUUUUUUGUAGCGUGGUUUAAUAAAUUGAUAAUGAUAAUCUCUGCCUUUCGUCGUUUCACUUCAUCGUAUGUGUUUAACAAACUUACAAAUCUUCGUGUUUUUGGCCCUGGUUUGAACCCUUUCAGUCCUUACAACUUGGCUAAUCAUUCCUCUCGCUAAACCCCUUAUAACUUUUCUGGAAUUUUCUUGAAAUUGGAAGAUAGAUCAAUCUUGUUGGGAAAAAAAGUUUUGUUUUUCCUUCAAAUUUGUUAGUUUUCCUGUGCUUUGCGUUCAACUAUGUAAAAGGGUCUUGAUUUUGAGUAUUAAGAUCUAGUCUUUGGACUUGUUGAUUAGUUUCAAAAUUCUCGGGUUCUUUUUCCCUUAAUCAUGUAAAUUGAAGGGUGUUUGAGCAAAUUAUCAGUUCUUUUGGGUCUUGUCUGCUGAAGAAAUAUCUGGGUUUUUCUUGAAAUUGAAAAAAAAAAAAGAGAUCAAUCUUGUUUGAAAAAUCCUAUUUUUAGUUGUGCUUUUAGGUUCAAUUAUGGAAAGGGUCUUGAUUUUGAGUAUCUGAGAUAGAAGUUCAAUCUUUGGGCUUGUUGAUUGGUUUUCAAGAUUAUCUCGAAAAAAGAUUUGUGAGAAAGAAAAGAAAAAGAGUUUACUUUCAUUAGGUACUUGUUCUGUUUGUGGAAAUAAGAAUUUGACCAUUGGAACUUGGUUUAGUAAGAAAGUGGGAGAGAAAAAUGGAAGAGGAUCGGGUUGGUUCAAUUAGACGGUCGAGGAGGAUGCAGAUGACUGCAGGCGAUACGGAUGAUCGCGGCUGGACUCCUCUUCACAUUGUUGCUCGGAAGGGUGACCUGAAACAGGUUAGAAGACUUCUUAAUGAAGGCAUGGAUGCAAAUGUGAUGGCAGGGGGCCCUAAAUCAUAUGGUAUGACCCCACUCCAUCUUGCUGCUAAGGGAGGUCACGUGCGAGUUAUGGAUGAAUUGCUUGAGAGAGGUGCUGAUAUCGAUGCUCGAGCCAAGGGUGCAUGUGCAUGGACUCCACUCCAUCAUGCUGCUAAAGAGAGAAAGAAGAAAGCAAUCAAAUUCUUGAUUAGAAAUGGUGCUUUUCUGCCAGAUGACAUCUCUGACACCAGGUUCAAUCCACCACUCCACUAUUGUCCUGGUCUUGAAUGGGCUUAUGAAGAGAUGAAGCUGCUUCAGCUAGAGAGUUCAUCAUCUGGUGAGGCCUCCUACAGCUCGGAAAACUGAGGUGGAACUAAGUGUUGAUGGUAGAGUUCAGGACUCCUAUCAACAUAGUAUACUCCAUGUUAAGUAUUGUCAUCAGUCAACUCUAGAGUUGCAUUUGGAUUGUGUGUUUUGGAUAUCAUAAUGGUUUCUUUCUUUGUUUGGAUUGCAUGUUUGGUAUCACCUAGUAGACUACUAUGUAGGGGUGAUACUCACAUGAGUUAUUAUGGUGAAUCGUGUGUUGUGGUAGUGUAAGAAAGCUAUAUCUGUGUGAUGUCCACCGUCUGGAUGUCACAACUUUUCUUGGUGAUGAAUAAACCUUUUAUAGCUGUGUUUUUGCUCUC